GUUGUCCAGGUGGUCUAAAGCCGUGUGAAGAGCCAUGGAGAUUGCGUCUGCCGUUGACCUAUUGUGACGACAGGCAAAUUGCAAUCGGUCCAGGUCCUUGCUGAGGCAGGAGUUCAGUCUCGUCAUAACCAAUUUCUCAAAGCAUUUUAUCCCUGUCAAUGUGAGUGCUACCGGGCAAUAGUCAUUAAGGCAGCCCACGUUAUUCUUCUUCGGCACUGGUAUAGUUGUUGCUUUUUUGAAGCAAGUGGGAACUUCUGCCCAUAGCAGUGAGAGGUUGAAAAUGUCCUUAAAUAUUCCUGCUAGUUGGUUGUUACAGGUUUUCAGAGUCUUACCAGGUACUCCAUCGGGACCUUCCACCUUGCGAGGGUUCACUCACUUUAAGGACAGCCUGACACUGGCCUCUGAGACAGAGAUCACAGGGUCAUCAGGUGCAGCAGGGAUCUUCACAGCUGUAGUUGUGUUCGCUCUUUCAAAGCGGGCCUUCAGUAGACGACAUACCUCCUGGUUCAUCCAUAGCUUUUGGUUUGGGAAUGUACAGUAAGUCUUUGUAGGCACACACUCAUCCACACCACUGUCUACAUCUUCACAAGUGCGAACGCUAAGGAUGCACUGAAAGAGCUUUACGAUACCAUCGCUCUCUACAAAACAAGCAUCCAGAUGUUCUCUUCAUUAUUGCAGGAGACUUCAAUCAUGUUAACCUGCAGGAUCUCUUAUCCAGAUUCCACCAACAUGUCAGCAUGGGGAACAAACAUACUGGACCAUGUUUGUACAAGUAGACACGGUACUUACAAAGCCAUCCCAGGCCCUCAUCCCGGUGGGAGUCGAACCUGGAUGUUACCGCUGGUGCACACCACAAUGGUACCAUGGCACUCCCUUAUUUUAACGUAGUAUUAAUGCCACUCAGGCUGCCCCUGGGGUGAGACACCCUUUCCUUUGAGAAUCUUCCCGUCCAUGUCCGAUAGUGAAGGAGUGCAAGCAGCGGUCCUUCCCCACGGACCCUCUGCCUUGGCUGCACCAAGCUUCAUUGUGUCCCUCAGCAGGUCCUCCUGCAGCCUCGACUGUGCCAGUUGGCAGCAUUCCUCCACUGACUCCUUGCUCUUCUGGGAGACCAACAGGAGCAAAGGGUGUCUUUCAGCAGCACUUGCUGUCUGUCGAGGUGUGUGUUUUCCUGCGAUCAGCCUGUAGAUCAGAGUCCUUCGUUACCCAGCUGUUAGGUACGAGCCAAAACAAAUUCAAAUCCAGGUUAAUACUUCUUGCACCAUGCUAAACCCCUGAAUUUUAUCAGCCUCAUCUCCAACUUCCACCCUGCCCUUGAGUUCACCUGGUCCAUUUCUGACAUCUCUCUCCCCUUUCUCGAUUUCUGUGUGUUUAUCUCUGAAGUCAAACUGUCUAUUGACAUCUUUUUAAAACCUUCUGAUUUCCAUGGCCAUCUUGACUGUUCCUGUAAAAAUGCCAUUCCCCUUCUCAGUUCCUUUGUCUCCACCUCAUCUGUUCCCAGGAUGAGGCUUUCCUUCCUAUGACAUCAGAGAUGCCUCCUUCUUCAAAGAAUGGGGUUUGCCUUUCUCUACUCAUUGAUUCUGCCCUCACCUGCAUCUCCUCCAUUUACCCCAUCUUCCCAACACCUUAACAGGGAUAGAGUUUCUCUUGUCCUCACCCGGCUUCUGCAUACAACACAUCAUUCUCCACAACUUCUGCCAUCUUCAAUGGGAUCCUCCCACCACAUACAUCUUUACCUCCCCCUGCACCCUACUCUCCACUUUCCAUAGGGAUUGCUCCCCCUGUGAUUCCCUUGUCCAUUCAUCCCUCCCCACUAAUUUCCCUCUUGGCACAUACCUCUGCAGGUGGUCAAAGUGCUAGACCUGCCCGUUCACCUCCUCCCUCACCUCCAUUCAGGUCCCCAAAAGGUCCAGGUCACCUGUGAACCUGUUGGGGUCAUCGAUUGUAUCUGGUUUUCCUGAUGUGGCCACCUCUGCGUUGGUGAGACUCACCAUAAAUUGGGGGGGCCCCUUCAUUGAGCACCUCCAUUCAAUUCACCAAAAACAGAACUUCCUGGUGGCCAAACAUUUUGAUGUUACUUCCCAUCUCCAUUCUUGUUGUGACAUGUCAGUCCAUGCCUCCUCUUCUGCUAUGAUGAGGAGGAGCAACACCUUAUAUUCCAUCUGGGUAGCCUCCAACCUGAUGAUAUUGAUUGCUUUUACGGGUAAAAAAAAAUCACCCCCCCCCCCUCCCCCUUCGUUUAUUUUUCAUUCUGGUCUCUUUCUUCAAUCUCUUCACCUGCAUAUCAUCUCCACCUGGAUCUCCUUCUCCUUCCCUUUCCCCCACCCUCCUAUCAGAUUCCUUUCUCCCCAGCCCCUUUACCUUUCUCACCCACCUGGUUCACCUAUCACCUUCUAGCUGUGCUCUUUCCCCUCUCCCAACUUUUUUUAUUCUGGCACUUUCCCCCUUCCUUUCCAGCCCUGAAGAAGGGCCCAACAUGUUGACUGUUCAUUCAUUUUCAUAGACGCUGUCUGCCCUGCUGAGUUACUGCAGCAUUUUGUGUGUGUUGCUCUGGAUUUCCUGCAUCUGCAGAAUCUCAUGUUUAUCAAGUUCAAGUUUAUUGGCAUUUAACCGUACACAUGUACGUCACCAAACAGAACAAGGUGCACAACAUAUAACUCACACGUAACACAAAAUAACAAUAGGCAAUAGGACAAUAGACAAUAGGUGCAGAAGUAGACCAUUCAGCCCCUCGAGUCUGCACUUACAAAUAGUAUAUUGCUACUCGUGCUUCAUACGUGACAUGACCUGGGUGGUGUCAGGGAGUUCACCUUGGGAAAAGAAGCUGAGGUUAUUGUGUGGAGAAGGAUGUUUGCAUUCUUCUCCGGCCAUCUUAGCGAAUCCACAAUCUGCAAAGAAGUGGGUUACCAUCGGGCAGGAGGUACAGAAGCCUGAAGUCCCACACCGCUGGGUACAAGGAGAGCUAUUUCCCUUCAACCAUUCAGUUCUCCAACCAGCCAACGUAACCCUAAUCACUACAAUCAUGUUCUUGUAAAAAUUGUGUUUAAUUUGGCUUUAAUUUUUGAAGUCCAAAGUCAAAGCCUGGCGACUGGAGAUUGGAGGCCCCAAAGCCUGUCCUGGAGCCAAAUUAAACAGGCAUCAGCUGCCUUUGGGAGAUUUUGGCGUAGCGUCUUUCAGAACAGGAGCCUUCGUCCCUCCACAAAGGUCGCCGUAUACCAAGCGGUCUGUGUCACCACCCUCCUUUAUAGCUGUGAAGCUUGGGUAACCUACAGCCAUCACAUCAAGUCCUUGGAGUGCUUCCACAAAGCUGCCUUCAGUGCAUCCUGGGGAUUACUUGGCGUCAGUGGGUGCCUCACACUGAAAUACUUGUAAAGACCAACUGCAGAAGUAUUGAGGCCAUGAUCACCCAGUGUCAGCUGCAGUGGCUGGGGCACGUGAUAAGGAUGCCCCCAUGUCGGCUGCCCCGCAGAGUGUUAAACGGCCAGUUACAUCAUGGUCGACGCUCAGCUGGAGGGCUGAAGAAGCGCUAUAAGGAUUAGAUGAAGAAUGCUUUAAGGAAGUGUAAGAUCAGACCUGAGGACCUGGAGGAUGUUGCUGCUGACCGUAACACUUGGCGACAGCUGUGUAGGAACGGGGUUUGUAUUCUGGAGAUGGAAAGAACAACUAGAAGAGAACCAGGAGAAAUGCAGCCAUGGUUGCCAUCACGACCACAUAUACAUGUCCCACCUGCAAUAGAGCUUGUGGGUCCAGGACAGGACUGUAUAGUCAUCAAAGAUCUCACCGUUAAAGGAGUGGACGUCGUCAUCAGAUUUCAAUGGACAACCGAAGAAGAAGAGUAAAAUUUCGCUGUACUGCUGCCACACAACAACAGAUUUGACGGCUUUACAAGUCAGUGAUAAUAAACCUGAACACGAUAUCUGCAGAUGCUGAAAAUCCAGAGCAAGCUCACAGAAUACUGGAGUAACAGUACGUCAAGCAGCAUCCAUGGAGGGGACAUUUCAGGCCGAGAGCCUUCAUCAGGAUAACAAAACUGAUUCUAGAUUCUUCUCUGAUGCUCUGUAGCUGCGGACAUGAGUGCCUGACGAUAUUCCUGCUGACUUGCCCACCUUGCCAAGCUGUCCUCAUUCUGUUCAGGCUACACGUACACAUGCUCAAUGGGCCGCUCCUGGCCUUGCUCUUCCCCGUGGUCAACACCAGACUGCUUCCUUUUGAGACGGAGGUGUAUUACAUCCAGCACCUGCUCAUGUACGUCGUUCCGUUUUACCUGCUCAGCAAAGGGGGUGUAUACAAACCGGAACCUUUAGGAGACUUCAGGUGGGCGGUGUUGGCUACAGGGCUACUCUUUCUCUACCACUACACCAUCCUCCAGACUCUCGCGGUGGUUACGAUGGUGAACUUGAACAAUAUGCUGUGCCCGGCCGUGUCCGACCCAUUCCGUGGACCCUACUAUCGCAUGUGGGCCUCCCUUCACCAGACUGCGCUCCUGCUCAUCCAUGGGAAGGCAAUCACGCUGCUGGCCUUUGCUCUGCCGUCGCUGAUCCGCACCCUCUGGGGCAAACUGAAGCUGGCACAGCCACAAAACAAAGAAACCCAAUGGAACACACACGAACAAGGCGACUGUCGAAAACCUACUGUGCAGAAAAAACAUCGCGACAAAGGUGAGCAAGUAACAUUCAGUGCUGAAGUUCACCAAAGUGAGCUCACAGCCAUGAAGCCAGUUAGCUGCAGGCCAGCCUCGGUUCAGCACAGAGAUGAGUAUUGUGUUCAGUUCAUUGUAGGAAGGAUAGACAACGAGACCAUCAGACAUAGGAGCAGAAUCGGGCCCACCGAGUCUGCUCUGCCAUUCAGUCGUGGCUGAUCCAUUUCUCCCCUCCUCAACCCCACACCCCAGCCUUUUCACUGUAACUUUUGAUGCCAUGUCCAAUCAGGAACCUAUCAAUCUCCACCUAAUGACCUGGCCUUCACAGCUGUCUGUGGUAACAAAUUCCACAAACUCACCACCCUCUGGCUAAAGAAAUUUCUCCACAUCUCUGUUUUAAAUGGACACAUCACUAUCUUGAGACUGUGCCCUCUUGUCCUAGACUCCCCCACCAUGGGAAACAUCCUUUCCACGUCUACUCUGUCUAUGCCUUACAACAUUCGAAAGGUUUCAAUGAGAUCCCCCCCCCCCCACCAUCCUUCUAAAUUCCUGCAAGUACAUACCCAGAGCCAUCAAACAUUUCCCAUAUGAUAAUCCUUUCAUUUCCAAAAUCAUCCUUGUGAACCUCCUCUGAACCCCCUCCAAUGCCAGCACAUCUUUUCUUAGAUGAGGAGCCCAGAACUGUUCACAAUACUCAAGAUGAGGCCUCACCAGUCUUAUAAAGACUCAGCAUCACAUCCUUGCUCUUAUACUCUAGACCUCUUUAAGUGAAUGCUAACACGGCAUUUUCCUUCCUCACCACUGACUCAACCUGCAAGAUAACCUUUAGAGUGUUCUGCACAAGGACUCCCAAGGCCCUUUGCGUCUCAGAUUUUUGUAUUUUCUCCCCAUUUAGAAAAUAGUAUGCACAUUUAUCUCUUCUAUCAACUUGCAUGACCAAUGCAUUUUCCAACAUUGUAUUUCAUUCGCCACUUUCUUACCCAGUCUCCUAAUCUAAGUCCUUCUGCAUCCUACCCGUUUCCUCAACACUACCUGCCUCUCCACCGAUCUUCAUAUCGCCUGCAAACUUGGCAACAAAGCCAUCUAUUCCAUCAUCUAAAUCAUUGAUAUACGGCAUAAAAAGAAGCGGUCCCAACACCGAUUCUUUUGGAACACCACUAGUCACUGGCAGCCAACCAGAAAAAGAUCCCACUCACUGCCUCCUACCAAUCAGCCAAAACUCUAACCAUGCCAGUAACUUUCCUGUAAUACCAUUGGCUCUUAACUUGGUAAGCAGCCUCAUGUGUGGCUGCUUGUCAAAGGCCUUCUGAAAAACCAAAUAUACAACAUCCACUGCAAUCCCUUUUAUCUAUCUUACUUGACUCCAACAUCUUCCCAACCACCGAGGUCAGGCUAACUGGCCUGUAAGUUCCUUGGUUCUACCUUCCUCCUUUCUUAAAGAGUGGGCUGAUAUUUGCAGUUUCCAGUCCUCUGGAGCCAUGCCAGAGUCAAAUGAUUUUUGAAAGAUCAUUACUAUUGCCUCCACCAUCUCUACCGCUAUCUCUCAUUGCACUCAUUUCUCUUCCCUCACAGCCUUCAACACCUGGCACACUGCUAGUGUCUUCCACAGUGAAGACUGAUGCAAAAUACUCAUUCAGUUGUUUUCUGUAGGUUUUUGAAAGCUUCUCAAACCUCAGUUUACCCGUUAAUUUUUGUUUUGGUUCAUGCCCUCUCUUUUGCUUUCACAAUUAGCUUUGACUUCCCUUGUCAGCUACAGUUGUACUAUUUUGCCAUUUGAGUAUUUCUUUGUUUUUGGAAUAAUAUCUAUCCUGCACCUUCCUCAUUUUUCCUAGAAACUCAAGCCGUUGCUGCUCUGUUGUCAUCCCUGUCAGCAUCUCCUUCUAACUUACUUUGGCCAACUGCUCUUUCAUACCACUGUAAUUUCCUUUACUCCACUGAAAUACUGUUUCAUCAAUCUUCACUUUUUUCCCUAUCAAAUUUCAAGUAGAAUCGAUCAUAUUGUGAUCACUGUCUCCUAAGGGUUUCUUUACCUUAAGCUUCCUUAUCACCUCCAGUUCAGUGCAUAACACCCAAUCCAGUGUAGCUGAUCCCCUUUCGACGACAAACUGUUCUAAAAAGCCAUCUCGUAGGCAUUCAACAAAUUCACUUUCUUAAGAUUCAAUACCAACCUGAUUUUCCCAAUUAACCUGCAUGUUAAAAUCUCCCAUGACUAUCAUAAUAUUGCCCUUUUCAUACAUUUUUUCCUCUUUCCUGUUGUAAUGUGGUCCACAUCCCAGCAACUGUUUGGGAGGCCCGAAUAUAACUGCCAUCAGAGUCCUUUUACCCUUGCAGUUUCUUAACUAAGCAUUCAACCUUCUAGUUCUGUCAGAUCUUUCUAAUGAAUUGAUGACAUUUUUUUUUACCAGCAGAGCCAUGCCGCCCCCUCUGCCUACCUUCCUGCCCCUCCACUACAACGUGUAACCUUGGACAUUCAGGUCUCAACUACAACCAUCUUUCUGCCAUGGUUCAGUGAUGGCCAUAACAUCAUACCUGACAACCUGUAAUAGUGCAACAAGAUCAUCCACCGUAUUUCUUAUACUCCAUACAUUGAGUAUAACACUUUGAGUACUGUAUUUGCUACCCUUUUUUAUUCUGCAUUGCUAAUGCACUGAUAUUCACCCUGCUGGCUGCAAUUUUGCCCUAUCAUCUGCCAGCCCUUCCUGACAAUCUGACUGCACACUAUCUUUACUUUUUUACCAUCCGUCUUAUCCUGAGUCCCUUCACUCUGAUUCCCACCCCCCUGCCAAAUUAGUUUAAAACCUCCCCAGCAGCUCUAACAAACCUGCCCGUGAGAAUAUUGGGUUCAGGUGCAAUGCCAUCCCUUUUGUACAGGUUAAACCUCCGCCAGAAUGAUCCUAGAACCUGGAGCCCUGCCACCUGCACCAGCUUUUCAUCAACACUUUUACCUGCUUCUACCCUCACCGGAAGUUUUGGGGAGGGGAAGGGUGUAGAAGAUUUACCAGGAUUCUGCCUGGAAGGGGACUAUGGAAGCAUAGCUCGGGGUGUCGGAAUUUGGAGAUGAUGUUCGGUAUCUUCUGUAAGGAGUCUGCAUGUCCUCCCUGCGGAAUGUGCGAACUUACCCUGAGUGCUCCCGUUUCCUUUCAUGGUCCAGAGCUGUACUGAGUAGGCUAAUCGGUCGUUGUAAAUCGCCCCGUGAUUACGUUCGGGUUAAAUUGGAGUUGUCAGAGGUUGCUGGACAGUGAAGCUUGAAUGACCAGAUGGGAAUACUUGGCUCGGUAUCACUAAAUAAAAUAAAAUUAGAGAACUUGCCCUUUGAGGGACUGCUGAGCGAGCUGGGGAGUUUCUCUUUGCAGUGGAAGAGGAGGAGAGGAGAUGUGACUGAGGUGUUUAAGAUCGAGAGGGAUAGACAGAGUGGACAGUCCCAGGACCCCAAAGGCCAGUAGCCAAGGACAUCUGUUUAAGGUGAAUGAGUGAGAAUUUAGAGUAGGAAUUUACACAGUGGAAUGCUGCCUGGGGUGGGGGUAGAGGCAGAGACAUUAAAGAGACUCUUAGAUAGGCAUGCGGAUGAUAGAAAAUGAGGGCUGUGUGGGGGGGGGGAUUAGGUUUACAAAGAUCAGAACAACAUUGUUGGCCAAAGGGCCAUGCUGUGCUGUACUAUGUUCCAUGUUAAGAACAUAGAGUAUAGGCUCUUUGGCUCUCGAUAUUGUGCCCACCUUUUAACCUAACUUCAAGAUCAAUCUAACAUUUCCCUCCUACUUCUCUCUCCAUUUUUCUACCUAUUCAAGAGUCUCUCAGAAUCAGCCAUUCAGCCCAUUGAGCUUUUACUGAAUCUUUCCAGUGUCUACCAGCAGCCAUGAACCUUCUCAUUCUGCUUCCUCUCAUCCCUCUUUUGUACUUGCUCAAUACUAUUGUGCCCUUCUAAAUAAAGAAAAACCAGUAUCAUAAGACAUUGGAACAGAAUUAGGCCAUUUGGCCCAUCGAGCCUGCUCUGCCCUUCAAUCAUGGCUGAUCCUUUUCUCCCCUCCUCAGCCUUCUUCCUGUAACCUUUGACACUGUGACCAAUCAAGAACUUAUCACUCUCCACCUUAAAUACACCCAACAACCUGGGCUCCACAGCUGCCUGUGGAACAAAUUCAUCACCCUCUGGCUAAAGAAAUUUCACUGCAUCUAUUUUAAAUGGAUGCCACUCUAUCCUGAGGCUGUGCCCUCUUGUCCUCGACUGCCCCACCAUGGGAAACAUGAUUUUCACAUCUACUCUGUCUAGGCCUUUCCACAUUUGAAAGGUUUCAAUGAGAUCCCUCCAUUGAAACAUUGAAAACAUAUAGCAGAAUACAGACUUUUUGGCCCACAAAGCUGUGCUGAACAUGUCCCUACCUUAGAACUACCUAGGCUUUACCCAUAAGCCCUCUAUUUUUUCUAAGCUUCAUGUACCCAUCCAGGAGUCUCAUAAUAGACCCUAUUGUUUCCACCUCCAUCAUCGCCACCAGCAGCCCAUUCCACGUACUCACCAAUCUCUGUGUAAAAACUUACCCCUCACAUGUCCUCUGUACCAACUUCCAAGCACCUUAAAACUAUGCCUCUAGUGCUAACCAUUUCAGCCCCGGGGAAAAGCCUCUGACUAUCCACAUGAUCAAUACCUCUCAUUAUCUUGUACACCUCUAUCAAGUCACCUCCCAUCCUCCGUCGCUCCAGGAGAAAAGGCCGAGUUCACUUAACCUAUUCUCAUGAGGAAUGCUCCCCAAUCCAGGCAACAUCCUUGUAAAUCUCCUCUGCACCCUUUCUAUGGCCUCCACAUCCUUCCUGUAGUGAGGCGACCAGAACUGAGCACAGUACUCCAAGUGGGGUCUGACCAGGGUCCUAUAUUACAUCAUCCUUCUAAAUUCCAGACCGAGAGCCAUGAAACAGACCUCGUAUGAUAACCCUUUCAUUCCUGGAAUCAUCCUUGUUAACCUCCUCUGAACCCUCUCCAAUACCAGCACAUCUUUUCUUUGAUGAGACCAAAAUUAUUCACAAUACUCGUGAGGCCUCACCAGUGCCUUAUAAAGCCUCAACAUCACAUCCCUGCUCUCCUAUUCUAGACCUCUUGAAAUGAGGUCAUUGCAUUUGCCUUCCUCACCGCUAACUCAACCUGUAAGUACUCAAAAUCCCUUUUCAUCUCAGAUCUUUGGAUUUUCUACUCAUUUAGAAAAUAGUCUGCACAUUUAAUUCUUUUGCCACUUUCUCAGCCAUUCUCCUAAUCUGUCCAAGUCCUUCUGCAGCCUUCCUAUUUCCUCUAUACAACUGCCCCUCCACCAAUCUUUGUAUCAUCUGCAAACUUGGCAACAAAGCCAUCUAUUCUAUCAUCUAAAUCAUUUAUAUACAGCUUAAAAAGAAGUGGUCCCAACACCCACCCCUGCGGACCACUGUACACUGGCAGCCAACCGGAAAAGGAUCCUUUUAUUCCCACUCGUUGCCUCCUACCAAUCAGCCAAUGCUCUGACCAUGCCAGUAACUUUCUGGUAAUAUCCUUGGGCCUUUGGGGUGGCUGAUUGGAUUUACUAUUGCUAGUACAAGACCAUAAGACAUUGGAGCAGAAUUAGGCCAUUUGGCCCAUUGAGUCUGCACCAUGAUUCUAUCAAGGCUGAUUUAUUAUCCCUCUUCACCCCAUACUCCUGCCUUCUCCCAGUAACCUUUGACUCCCUAUCUAAUCUUUAAAUAUACCCAAUGACCUGGCCUCCACAGCAGACUGUGGCAAUGAAUUCCACAGAUGCACCGCCCUUUGGCUAAAGAAAUUCCUCAUAGAAAUCUACAGCACAUUACAGGCUCUUCAGCCCACAAUGUUGUGCCAACCAUGUAACCUACGCUAGAAACUGCCUAGAAUUUCCCUACUGCAUCGCCCUCUAUUUUUCUAAGCUCCAUUCACCUAUCUAAGAGUCUCUUAAAAGACACUAUUGUAUCUGCUUCCACCACCACCGGGGAUGCAUUUCACACACCCACCACACUCUUGUGUAAAAAACUUACCCCUGACAUCUCCUCGGUACCUAUUUCCAAACAAUUUAAAACUAUGCCCCCCCUCACGUUAGCCAUUUCAGCCCUGGGAAAAAGCCUUUGACUAACCACACGAUCAAUGCCUCUCAUCAUCUUAUACACCUCUCUCAGGUCACCUCUCAUCCUCUGUCACUCCAAGGAGAAAAGGCCGAGUUCACUCAAUCUAUUCUCAUAAGGCACUCCCUCCAAUCCAGGCAAUAUCCUGUAAAUCUCCUCUGCACUCUCUAUAGUAUCCACAUCCCUCUUGUAGUGAGGUGACAUCAGAACUGAGCACAGUGCUCCAAGUGGAUCUGAGCAGAUCUUAUAUAGCUGAAGCAUUACCUCAUGGCUCUUGAACUUAUUCCCAUGGUUGAUGAGUGCCAACCCUGUAUUCUGCCUUCAAAUUCAACCUUCCAGAGUGAAUCACUUCACACUCUCCGCAUUGAUAUAACAAAUAAAUAGGGAGAUAGUUGAGAGGUCAGAGAUGGAGCAACACAAAAUUCCAAGAGGGUUGUCGAAGACCUAGAAAGGGCAAGACCAUCAGGAGAGCUGGAAACAAAAGCAAAAACCUGCAGAUGCUGGGAAUCUGAGAUGAAAACAAAGAUAAAUACCCUACAGGUCAGGCAGCUUCUCUGAAGAGAGAAACUGUUGGAGCUUCAUCUGCACAGGAGACUCUGCAGACGCUGGAAAUCCAGAGCAACGCACACAAAAUGUUGGAGGAACUCAGCAGUCAGGCAGCAUCUAUGGAGAGGAAUAAACAGUUGAUGAUUUGAACUGAAACCCUUCAUCAGGACUGGAAAGGGGGAAAAAGCCAGAAUAAGGUGGUGGGGGAGGCGAAGGGGAAGUGAGUAAGAUAUAUGAUUAUAAAUGACAUGGAUGAAGAAGUUAAGGCUGGUUUAGUAAGUUUGCUGACAACACAAAGGUUGGGGUUGUUAUGGAUAGACUGGAGGGUUGUCAAUGGGACAUUGAUAGGAUGCAGAUCUGGGCUGAGAUGUGACAGAUGAACUUCAACCAGAUUAAGUGCUCAAGUGGUUCAUUUUGGUAGGUCCAAUUUGAAGACAAAAUAAUAUAAAUGGUAAGACUCUUGGCAGUGUGGAGGGUCUGAGAGAUCUGGGGUCCGUGUUGAUAGGACACUCAAAGCUGCUGUGUGGGUUGACAGUGUUGAUAAGAAAGCGAAAAAAGCAUUUCACUGCUUUUUUCCAUGUGCGAGUGACAAAGCUAAAUUUAAACUGAACCCAUGUACUUGUGCAAAUGCUGUUUAAAUGUUGGUGUUGUAUCUGCCUUUGGGGGCUGAAGUGAGAAGCUGGGAGGUGAUAGGUGGAAGAGGUAAAGGCUGAAUGAGGAGGAAUCUGAUAGGAGAGGAGAGUGGACCACGAGAGACUGAAAAAGGGGGUGGUGGGAGCCAGGGGUAAACGAUAGGCAGAUGAGGAGAAGGGGUAAGAAGGGAGUGGGGAAUGGAAGAAGGGGAAAGGGGAAAAAUGACCAGAAUUUGAGCUUGUCAUGUUUGUAACGCUUGUUGCUGCAAUAAGAGCUAAUUCUCAUGACACUUAUACUGCAGAUAUGUACGUAGCGCUAUUAGUGUAACACUUUACAGUGCUAGUAUUCAGUGUUCAAUUCCCACCGCUGUCUGGAAGGAGUUUGUCCGUUCUCUCCGUGACCGUGUGGGUUUC